AUGCCUGUUGUAGAAAAAAACAUGCAGAAGAAAGAGAAAGAUACACGCAGUAAAGAUGAGACAGCAGUGCCAAAACUUCCAGUUCCACCACUGCAGCAGACCUUACGCAUGUACCUACAGUGUAUGAAACACUUGGUGCCAGAGGAGCAGUUUAAAAAGACAAAGGUCAUCGUGGAACAGUUUGGAAUUUCAGGAGGCCUGGGGGAAUCCUUGCAGCAAAUGCUUGAAGAAAGAAGGGAAAAGACAACAAAUUGGGUGUUUAACUUCUGGCUGGAUGACAUGUACCUCAACAACCGGCUAGCUCUUCCAGUCAAUUCCAGCCCAGCAAUUAUCUUUGCUCAUCAGUAUUUCAAGGACGUAAAUGACCAGCUGAGGUUUGCCGCCAAUCUCAUUUCAGGAGUGCAAGACUACAAAGCUUUACUGGACACCCAUGCUUUACCUGCUGAUCUUGCUCGUGGACAGCUGUCUGGUCAUCCUCUCUGUAUGAAGCAAUACUAUGGACUCUUUUCUUCCUAUCGUCUUCCAGGAUGUACCAAAGACACCCUCGUGGCGCAGAAAAGCAAUGUAAUGCCAGAACCAGAGCACAUCAUUGUUGCAUGUAACAAUCAGUUUUUUGUUUUGGAUGUUGUCAUUAAUUUCCGUCGUCUCAGUGAGGGAGAUCUUUUCACUCAGUUACGAAAAAUAGCCAAAAUGGCAGAGAAUGAAGAGGAAAUGCUGCCUCCCAUUGGCCUGUUGACAACAGAUGGAAGAACAGAGUGGGCAGAGGCCAGGACGAUCCUUAUGAAAGACUCUACUAACCGCGACUCUCUUGACAUGAUUGAACGGUGCAUAUGCCUGGUGUGCCUGGACAGCCCAAGUGGGGUGGAACUCAAUGAUACAAACAUGGCAUUGCAACUGCUACAUGGAGGUGGCUACCAUAAAAAUGGGGCUAAUCGUUGGUAUGACAAACCUAUGCAGUUUGUGGUAGGAAGAGAUGGAAUCUGUGGUACCGUGUGUGAACAUUCUGCUUUCGAUGGCAUCGUACUGGUGCAGUGCACUGAACACUUGCUCAAGCACAUGAAAGAAAGUUCCAAGAAAUUAGUCCGAGCUGAUUCAGUGAGUGAGCUUCCUGCUCCACGGAGACUAAGAUGGAAAUGUUCCCCUGAAAUUCAGACGCAUUUGGCAUCAUCAGCAGAAAAACUCCAAAGGAUAGUGAAAAAUCUGGAUUUUAUUGCCUACAAGUUUGAGCACUAUGGAAAGGAAUUUAUUAAGAAACAAAAGGUUAGCCCAGAUGCCUACAUUCAAGUAGCACUUCAGCUGGCAUUCUACAGAUGCCACAGGAGACUUGUCCCAACCUAUGAAAGUGCUUCCCUACGCCGGUUUGAUGAGGGCCGAGUCGACAAUAUUAGGUCUGCUACCUCGGAAGCAUUUGCUUUUGUAAAAGCAAUGACUGAUGACAAGACAGCUGUAUCGGAUUCUGAGAAGAUGCAGAGAUUGAAGGAUGCAAUUGCAGCUCAGACUAAUUACACUAUUCUGGCUAUUACUGGAAUGGCAAUAGACAAUCACCUGCUAGGGCUUAGAGAGGUGGCACGGGAACACUUCAAGGAACUUCCAGAGAUCUUUACAGAUGAGACAUAUUUGACAAGCAAUCGAUUCAUCCUCUCGACCAGCCAGGUUCCAACUACUAUGGAAAUGUUCUGCUGCUAUGGGCCCGUGGUGCCUAAUGGAUAUGGGGCAUGUUAUAACCCUCAGCCAGAGCAUAUAUUAUUCUGCAUCUCAAGUUUUAAAGACUGUAAAGAAACCUCCUCUGGCAUGUUUUCAAAAGCUGUGGAAGAAAGUCUCCUAGCAAUGAGAGAUCUGUGCAACAAAUGCAAUUCUACUACAGCAAAGCCACUUGCUAAACAAGAUGCAGCCACAAAGCUGCAGAGUGACCACCAACGCUAAGAAGCUGUGGGAAUUAUUCUCCUGGAUCCACCUUAUUAAUAAACAUGACAUAGUUGUUCAAAGGCAAGAUAGUGCUAGUAAUAUAAUAGCAUAGAACCAAAGUGUCAUUAGAUUCUCAUUGUUGCCAACAUUUACAACUCUAUGUACUAAAUCUACCAUUUCUCACUUAAGGCUUUGCAAAACCUGUUUGGUCUCACUGGCUGAAAUGAAGGAGGAAGUAAUACAAGUUUCUGCUAUACUACCACUGCUAACAAUAAUUAACUUAUGCCAUUUUAUCACCUAAA